UUCAGCUGCAUUCCAUUGUUACCUCUAUGAUUAGUUACCUUCAAGCCGAGGCUGUCACUUCUUAUGCUCAUAAGGAUAGCUUGUGCAUCCCAGUUCCGGCUUUCUCAUUCACAAUCUUCUGGAUAUUGUUGUUGUUUGGGUUUGUUUUUAGGUCAUUCUAACGCACAAAGUUCUGAUUUGUAAGCUCUGCCUGUGUUGUAAACAUCUUUAAAAUUAUAUUUACCCCUUGGCUAAGGGUAAAAAUUGGAUGGAUAAAAAUUCUCUUUAACAAUAUUACCGUGGAUAUAGCAAAGCAAACUACAGCUAUUAGCCUCAAUCCUUUUUUUCUUUAUGGGUUGGUGUUUUAAUUUGCUUCACGUAGUCUUUAGCAGUUUGCAAGGCGUCUUUUAUCAGAUAAGUGUAUAAGGGGCUCUGGCAGCAACAGAUCUUUGCUGAGGAUGUCACACAUUUUAGAGCAGUUACCAGAACUCGAUUUAACCUGAGGAAGCUAAAAACGGUAACCGCUUUCCUGUUUACGCUUGUUCAGGCCUCCGUCUGAGCAGGCUCCAACGCAGAGAAAGGAAACCUAAGCAGAAUCGAAAGUAAAUUGCCGACGGGCUGGUAGGGUUGAUCUUGGCGCAGCUCUGGUCGCCCGCGGCCACCUCUCAUUCCAAGAACCCUUAGUCCUCCUGUCUCCCCGCUUUCCAGUUGGACAGGAGGAGGAGCCAUCUUCAACAAAGCCAAAAAUGCGAAAGAAGAAGGCGCCCUCUCAGAUACCUACCCAGCGUCUGACUUUAUUAGGGUCGAGUGUCUUGAAAAUGAAUCGUAUAUUUUAUGUUUAGUUGAUUCAGGCAGGAGAGUAAAUCUGGUUCUUGUUAUUUUAUCUUGGCAAGAGAGAACAACAUCAACUUCUGGAAGGAAUUUUGCAUUUUAUAAUUCUAAAGGCUGUGUCAGUGUCGCUGAUAUUUUGCUUACAACGCACUCAACUUUGUAUCGUAUUAUCGCUUUUAUUCUGGAGGGCAUUUUCUUUCAGGGCCAGCUGCUUUGUCCCUUAUCCAUGGCUGAGGCUCAGGAAAUAUUUACGGUUUUGAUAGAUUUCUACAAACCACUCAUUUCGAAAGUUGUUGUUGUGCGCCCUCGACCCCAUUGCGCUCACAGCCAGUAGAAGAAACAGUAGAACUCCCUCCUAAGGGAGUGUCCGAGACUGGGAUCCUUCCGGAAGCUGCCCACGAAGCCCUUCCAGUUCCCGUACCUCUUGCAGAAGUAACUUCUUUUAAAGCUGUUAAGCAGUGGGUGGUCCUCUGAGGGGGAAGAUGUCAGCUGUGGACGCUUCAUGGGAAAUGUUACAAAAAGACCUUGCAUUCGGAGACAAAAUGCUGGAGAAAGGAUCAGAGUGGAUGGCAAACUCAGAGACUCCAACAAUGCUGUAAUUUACAUACUAGCAAAAGGUACCCCAGCAAAAGCUGGGAUUUUUGGUAGAAGAAAAUGUUUAACAAUUACAUUCUCUGUAACACUUGCCAAAAUCUUGUGUUGCCUCCUCGUUAUUAUGUUCCUGACUUCAACUGUGGUUGCACUUUCUGUUAUCAUAGUGGAGAGAAAACAAGAACCUGUCUUAGACGUCUCUGUAUGUGCUGCCUGUCCAGAAAGCUGGAUUGGAUUUAGAGGGAAGUGUUACUAUUUUUCUGAAGAGACAAGGAAUUGGACAUUCAGCCAGACCUUCUGUGCCUCCAUGGAAGCUAGUCUUGCUCAGUUCGAAAUCCUGGAGGAACUGAAUUUCCUGAAGAGAUACAAAGGUCCUUCUGACCACUGGAUUGGCCUUAGCAGAGAAUCACCACGUCACAGCUGGAAGUGGACAGAUGGCACUGAACAUAAUAACUCGUUUAUCAUCAGAGGAGUUGGAGAACGUGCCUACCUGAAUGACAAUGGUAUCAGUAGUGCCAGGAUAUACACAGAGAGGAAAUGGAUUUGUAACAAGCAAAACAGUUAUCCCCAGAAGUGUCAAAUUGCUUCAAGAUGUAAAUAGAGAAUUAUCCAAAGCACGUGAGAAAGAUGCAUUGUAAUUUGUUACAUACAGUUGCAGAUCCAUUUUUAUGGUCCACCAAAAAUAGUACCAGUAUGUGUUCAUAAUAUCUAUUGACACAAAGGAUACAGACUGUUUCUGUAGUGUAGUGGUGAUCACAUUUACCUCACAAAGGAUGCAAACUAUCAUAAAAAACCUACUGCCGUUGAGUUGAUUCCAACCCAUAGCAACCCUAUAGGACAGAGUAGAACUGCCCCAUAGGGUUUCCAAAGAGCAGCUGGUGGAUUCGAACUGCCAGCCUUUUGGUUAGCAGCCAAGCUUUUAACCACUGUGCCCCCAGGACUCCAAAAACUAGGAGGAGCCCUAAACAGGGAUUUGGAACAGCACGAUUCUAAAUUAAGUGUCUGAUGAGUUGAUGAGUCGGAAUCAACUUGACGGCAAUGG